AUGGACCUACCUGUUUAUCACCCACAGCCACCCCAGCCUCAUGUUCGCUGUGCAGGCGAUCUGUCAAAUUUGGAAGGAUCAUCAACAUCUCAGGAGUCAAAGACAGAGCCAGACAGCAGACCACAGUCAGAGGAGAGCUGUCCCAUCUGUGGAGACAAAGUGUCAGGAUACCACUAUGGGUUGCUCACUUGUGAAAGCUGCAAGGGAUUCUUUAAGCGUUCAGUGCAAAACAACAAGCAUUACACCUGUGUGGAACAGCAAAACUGCCCUAUGAACCUUUCCCAGAGGAAACGUUGUCCUUCCUGCCGCUUUCAGAAGUGUUUAGCAGUAGGAAUGAAAAGAGAAGCAGUAAGAGCAGAUCGUAUGAGAGGCGGCAGAAAUAAAUUUGGCCCUCUGUAUCGAAGGGACAGGCAGAUGAAGCAGCAAAAAUUAUAUCACCAGACAAACACUGCUACCUACAGGUUCAGGAUGGAAACACACUGGCCCACAGCUCCACAUGAUUUCCACCUGAUGAGCAAUCACACAAGUGUGUCGUUGUCUUCUGAUGUUUUUAAUAAAACUCACAUGUAUCCCUCAAGCGUGGGUCAGUCAGCUGCGCAUAUACCUCUGGACUGCGCUAUGAAUGAAGACAGAAACCUCUCUCCUCCAUCCCUUUCCUACCCUGAACUGUACUGCUGCACCUUCCCUGGAUCUGUCCAAGAGAAAGGAGAAAUGUCUUUUAGCUACAGCUUUGCUACUGCAAACUAUCCAGUGCAUCCAACGUCAAACGAUUCAUUCACACCCAGAAGCACACCAGCAUCAUCCCCUUGCCCAACACCAAGCUCAUCCACCCUUCUCUCACAAGCUUCCACCCAAGCCCCAGACACUCCUUCAUCAUCCAUUCCUACAAAUAACUUCCUAAGCCAACUCCUGGAGGGAGAGCAAGAUGAGAGCCAGCUGUGUGCUAAAGUCCUGGCCAGCCUGCAAAGGGAACAGUCAAAUCGAGGCAAACAUGACCGACUAAAUACAUUCAGCAUCAUGUGCAAAAUGGCUGACCUAACUCUUUUUGGGCUUGUGGAGUGGGCCAGGAACAGUACAAUCUUCAAAGAAAUCAAGGUAGAGGAUCAGAUGGUGCUCUUGCAGAGCUGUUGGAGUGAGCUGCUGGUCCUGGAUCACCUCUGCAGACAGGUAACCUAUGGAAGAGAGGGCUGCAUAUAUCUGGUCACAGGACAACAGAUUGAGGUGUUGACCAUCAUCUCUCAGGCAGGAGCAGCUUUGAGAAGCCUGGUAUCAAGGACCCAAGACCUGGUGUCCAAACUGAAGAUACUCCAGUUAGACAGACAUGAGUUUGUCUGUCUCAAAUAUUUGGUACUAUUCAACCCCGAUGUGAAGUCUGUGCAGAGCCGCAGGCAGGUAGAGCAGACUCAAGAGAAGGUGAACAGGGCCCUAAUGGAGCACACUCAGCAGAAUCAUCCAGGACACUCAGACAAGUUUGGCCAGCUGCUGCUACGGCUACCUGAGGUUCGUAGCAUUAGCUUGCAGGUUGAGGAGUAUUUGUACCAGCGCCAUCUUCUGGGAGAUUUGCCCUGCAACUCUCUCCUCACUGAGAUGCUUCACAGCAAGCACAACUGA